GGGAUCCUGAAGCACGGACAGGGGAGAGGAACCGCUUCGCCUCCUUGCAGGAUUUAUUUGUUUGUUGAAUUUUUCCAUUUUGUUUCUCACUGUAAAGAACGCUGUUUUUCCGACUGCCAACGACUUGUCUGGAUGGUCCUCCACUUACAAGGGAACGAGAGUGGGGAGUGUUGACAUGCUGCACGUGAAGGAGGAGAUGGGGCCGUUGAAAGACAACCAUGCUGUGGCCUUUUGCGUUCCAUUUGCCCAUGAUGGAUGUGUGGGAUGAUCAUCUUUUUUUUCCAACUGAGAUGUCUGUAUUUUGUCUGGAGUUGGCCCCUGGUGUCUUUUACAACUAGAAGACAGUGUGCAGUGUGGAAUCGGCUUAUGUAUGGUGGUUUUGAACCAGGAGCUUCUUGUGGAUCUUCACAUCACGUAAAAUGUUACUGAUGAACCUCUAGAUCUUGGAUAAUUUCUAUCUUUGCUUGGGAGUUUUUUUCUCGGAACAUCAACACUUGGUUUGGGAUUACUGUAUUUGGUGCUCUCGCUGGUGGAAGGAUUAUCUGAGCUGCUACUCAGUCUGGGAAAGCAAAGGUGGAUCAGAGGGAAGAGUUUUGCUGAGCCCUUCCUGUCGUGUGGAUCUUGGGAAAUGGACGUUUCAAGGUCCAGCGGGAUCCGCAAAAAGAGGAAGUCCCGGUCGGAGCGCGACCGGGUGAAGAAGAGCAGCGGGGUGAGGAGCAGCAACCAUGUGAGGGGAUCCGUCUUGCGCUUCUCCUCCGACUCGGACGGGGAGGACCGCACAAAACCCCCCUCCUCCUCCUCCCGCCCUCGGCCUCCCAGGAGAAAGAGGAAGGAGUCAACAUCUGCUGAGGAGGACAUCAUCGACGGCUUCUCCAUCUCUGGAUUCAUGACGCUGGAGGCUUUGGAGAACAUGUCACUGAAACCACAGGACCACAGGGAGAAUGUGGCCGGCCCGCUGCAUAAGAGGCCUGCUGGGGUUGGCAACGGUCUGACCCUCGACGCGCGCAAGGAGCAUUUCCAUCACCACAAAAACAACAACAACCACCACCAGCACUCCGACCAAGAGAACAACCCACGCCUGGCCCACUCCCACAAGAAGAAGAAGCACCUGCAGAUGAAGCACCUGCAGAAGAAGCAGCGACCGCUGAAGACAGGGCAGAACAACUGUAAGGACAGCGACAGCGAGAGCAUCAGCGGCCAGUCCAAGCCAUCCAUCAGGAGCAGCUCCAGAGACAGACUCACAGACUGUGACAGCGAGAGUGACCAGGAGGACAAGGGCUCCGAUGCCAGCUCGGAAAAAUUCUUCAGCACCGCUGCAGUUAAAGUCCCAGAUUUUGGCGUUGACCCGCUCCACACCAAUGCCAGCCAAGAGCUGCGAGGCCUGGGCGUGCCCAAAGUGUCAGGCCUAGAGCGCAGCCAGGAGAAAAGCCAGGAUAACGGCCGGGAGCCCCCGCCGCCCGCGCCCGCUGCCAACGCCGCCCCCCAGCCAAAGCCGCGCGCGCCAGUGCCCGUGCCCCCUCGCCUGCGCCCUCACCCCCUCCAGCCUCCUCUCGCUCCGCUGCGGCCCGUGGGGCAAGCCGCUCCCUCGGCCCCCUGCUCCGCCGCCCAGAGCCAGCACCCGCAGGCGCGCCACCACCAACAGCCGCUCCAGCUCCAGCAGGCGGCACGUCCCUCGCCCCCUCGGAGACCCCCUUCCCCGUCCGCCACCCUGCCUCUCGCCCAGGGCCACGAGCCUUCUCAGGCAGCGCCCCCGCGGCCGCAGCUCCUGCCCGAGCCCCCCUCGCACUUGCACCCGCGGCCACCCCCAACGCCGGGCCCCCAGCACCACCCGCCCUCCCCCGCCCUGCCCGGCCACCAGAGGCCGCUAUCGCGCUGCCAACCGCGGAACCUGCCAGCCUACGGCAGCAGCCUGAGCCUCAACAGCCUGAGCAGCAGUCGCAGCAGCACUCCAGGGAAGUCCCACAGCGGGCCCCCUCCUCCUACUCCGCCCCCGCACCUGCCCUCGCACCAAUCUGCCCCCCCUGGAGCGGGCGCCUCCUUCCCGCUGCCCCUGCCGGCCAACCCCGCGGCGCCCCACACCUUCCCCUCGCCCCACCCCCACCACCCCAGCAUGUUCGCUCCCCCCGCUGCGCUGCCCCCGCCUCCUCCUCUGACCUCCAACACCCUGCCUGCGCCCGGACACCCCGCGGCCGCCAGCGCCUACUCAGAGCAAGACUUGCUGAGGCAGGAGCUGAACAAUCGCUUCCUGGCCUCACAGAGCGCCGACCGCGGGGCCUCGCUGGGCCCGCCGCCCUACCUGCGCACCGAGUUUCACCAGCACCAACACCAGCACCAGCACCAGCACCAGCACACACACCAGCACACACACCAGCACACCUUCACCCCGUUCCAGCAUCCAGCCAUCAUGCCCACGCCUGCACCACCCAUGGUGCGUACCAGCCCAGCCAGAAAUUUUGAGAAAUUCCCGACGAAAGUCGACCCCUUCUACCGGCACAGCCUGUUCCACUCCUACCCUCCGACCGUGUCUGGCAUUCCCCCCGUCAUCCCCCCCAACGGGCCCUUUGGAUCUCUACAGGGGGCCUUCCAGCCCAAGACGUCCAAUCCCCUUGAUGUGGCAGCCAGACCUGGGGCCCUUCCGCACGCCCUCCUCCAGAAGGAUCCUCGGUUGACGGACCCAUUCAGGCCCAUUCUCAGGCAGAAACCAGGGAAAUGGUGUGCCAUGCACGUCCACAUCGCCUGGCAGAUCUACCACCACCAACAGAAGGUCAAGCAGCAGAUGCAGGUUGAUCCGCACAAGCUGGACUUUGGGUUCAAGCCGGAGUUCCUGAGUCGACCCCCGGGCCCCAGUCUCUUUGGGGCGAUCCAUCACCCCCACGACUUGGCCCGUCCCGCAACAAUCUUUUCAGCUGCAGGUUCCACGCACCCCUCGGCCACACCCUUCGGGCACCCGCCUCAUCACCCUGGCAACUUCCUCACGGCGGCGCCCCACCUAGGUAAUCCUCAGUCGUUCAGUAGGCCGCCGGGCUUCGGAAGUCUGGGAGCUCUAAGCACAGCUGCCUUCGGAGGCCUGGGGAAUCCCGCGCUCACACCUAACUCCAUGUUCGGCCACAAGGAGGCGCCAAAUGCACAGCAGCCCUUCGGCGGCAGCCACGAGCCCUGGAACCGCCUCCACCGCACGCCGCCCUCCUUCCCCACGCCCCCGCCCUGGAUCAAGCCCAGCGAAUCAGAACGCAGCGCCUCCGUGAGCUCGCACGAGCGGGACCGGGAGAGGGAUCGCGAGCCUGACAAACAUGACUCGUCCGCUAACAAGGAAGAUAAGGACAGGGACAGUGUAGAGAAGCGACACCCGAGCCACCCAUCACCCAUCCCCGUCAACCCCCUCAGCCUGCUGGGUCAUAACCGACCGCCAGAGCCCCAGAGGAACCACCGGCCGCCCUCCGAGCCCCGUGACAAGGACAAGGACAAGCCCAAAGAGCGCGAGAGGGACCGGGAGAGAGAGAGGGAGCGCGAGCACCCGGAAUCCUGGAAGGACGCCGGUGGCGGCCUGGACGAGCACAAGCUCAAGGAGAACCACCACCACCACGGCAGCGACAAGGACACGGCGGUCAUCCACGACGGCCGGAUGUCUGAGGAGAAGCCGGCGGGGAGGGUGAGCACGUCGCCCUACAUGCGGCCCGGCGCGAUCGGGGGCCUGGAGCGGGCCAACGGCGGGCUGAGCCGCGAGACGCUGGAGAAGAAGGCGGAGGUGCUGUACGGGGAGGCGCAGAAGAAGAGCCACGAGGUGAAGGUGAAGGAGGAGCGAAAGGAGGAGCCGGACAGAGGCCGGACCCCCGAGCACCCGCACACGCAUCCGCACACGCACCCGCACCCGCACCCGCAUCCGCCGCAGUCGCAACUGGGGCCGCCCAUGCCCACACUGCACCCGCCCUCCUCCAUGUCCCUGCCCAUGGGCAUGGCCAGCGUGCACCCCAUGAACAGCAUCAGCGGCCUGGACAGGACUCGCAUGGUGGGGCCCUUCAUGGGCAUCAGCCCCAUCCCGGGGGCCGAGCGCUUCCCCUACCCGGCCUUCCACUGGGACCCCAUGAGGGACCCGUACCGGGGCCUGGACAUCCACCGCAGGGACCCUCUGGCGCGGGACCUGCUGCUCAGGAACGAGCAGCUGCACCGGCUGACGGGGCCGAGGCUGUACGAGGCCGAGAGGUCGUACCGGGACCGCGAGCCGCAUGACUUCAACCGGGAGGCGCACGCGGCGGUGCAUGCGGCGCACGCGGCAGCGCUGUCGAUGGAGCAGCGGCGGGACCAGGAGCGGCACCUGGACGAGCGCGAGCGCCUGCACGCGCUCCGUGAGGACUACGAGCACGCAGCCGCAGUGGCUGCAGCCGCCGCGCGCCUCCACCCCCCUUCCGUUCACCACCUGGACGCCCACGCCCACGCCCAUGCCCACGCGCACCUGCCCCACCACGCCCUCAUGGCCCCAGGCCUCCCCACCAUGCACUACCCGCGGGUUAGCCAUGCAGCCGCAGCAGCAGCAGCAGCCGCCGCCGCCGCCCAUCAAAACGGAAUUCUCAACAAGACCCCGCCCACGGCAUCGCUGAGCGCCCCGCCCCCCCUCAUCUCUUCGCUGGGGACACGCCCUGUCUCUCCUCGACGGACUACCCCCCUGAGCACGGACCUCAGAGACAGACCGCCCUCACACACACACAAGGACAUCGAGGCACGAUGAAACUGACUCUUCCCCUCACACACACACACAAACACACACACACAGAAACACACACACACACACAGACACACACACACGUGCCCAAGAUCUGUGCCUGACAGACUGAUAUGGAACUCAAAGCAAGCACUUAACCCUGGGCAGAUGAGACUGUAUCAUACCUGUGUAUAUUACAUCCCAGGAGAAAGGCUCACUGAAAUGCCUUUUAUCCUGUUUUUUUUUCCUUUUGUAAAAAUUUCAAAUCAAAUACGAAUAGCGGACAAUUCUCUGAACAACUGAAAAUUUUGCAUACAUUUUAUCCUACGUGCUCCUGCUUUUUGUGUGGCCGUUUGUACAGAAACCUGCUCUGAAGCGACGAGAAGGGUGCGGGCCAGUGGACAGAUGAAAACACCCCCAUCCAGGAGAGCACUGUGUUUGGAAUGUACAGCUACGUCAAUACAUUACUGAGGCGGUCAAAAUGUGUAGAUAAUGUGUAUAGUCAACGUGCUCACUCCUUAAGGCUAAAAUCAAGGUACAAAAAUAUGCAAAAGGGUGUUUCUGAAAGCUUUACUUUGAACAAAUGUACAUAAAGGAUAUGAAGAUUGAAGUGCAGAAUGUGCUGUUUUUUUCCCACAUUGGUUUUCUUGCUCAGUAAUGGCUACCAGUGGCUUCUUGGCAAGGCUCACUUUACAUCACUCCCAGACACUCCCCAUCCGCCAUAACUCUCAGUCCAGCGCCCCCUCAACUAUGCAACACAUGGGACCCUUCUAACUCUCCCUAUCCACCUCUGAAUCUCACAAUCUGACCUCCCUCUCUCUAUCUAUCUCUCUCUCUCUUUCUCUUGCUCUUUACUUCCAUCCUUCUCUUCUUCUUUCCCUCUGUUCCUGUCAUUCUCACCUCCUCUUUCUCUCCCUCGCUCUCACACACAUCUAACUGACGCCCCAGUCCUGCACUCUCUCCACAACCAGAGCAUCCCACGUAGUUUGGAAAGGUGAAUUUAUUUACCCAGUAUGCACAGACAAUACAAAUCACAUUUUCGACUUGUUUUGUGGUGACAAUCCUUAUAAUUGUGUUUUCGUAGAGGUAUAUUUAUAUCUAUAUUUUUGCUGCAUCUUCCAACCAUUGAGGUCACUGACCACAAUGUAGAAUGUUUCGUUUGAGCAACGUCUUCUGUUGUGGAGAGAAUGCACACCAAACAUAGCAAACACCUAUCCUCGGCUCAAGGAGUGAUAAGUCGGUGUCUGGCGAUUUGAAAAUGAGUUACCGUUGGUCUAACAGUGUAUUAAAGUGCUAUCCUAAGCUGUUGUAUCUACAAAACUAAAAAGACAAAAAAGCUAGAAGUCUAAACUGUGGACGAGUCGGUUUUUAAAUGGGCAAAGAUCUAUUUUAGUAGUCCACCGAUAGGCUUAGUUGUGCGCUUCAAACUCUGUGAGAUUCAGAUGUUGUGCAGUGUUUUUUUUUUUUUAAAUCAAACAUUAAAAAUGUUCACAGGAGCAGUAGUGAUUAGUCAAUGAGUAUUGCAAAGAGAUUGUUAACAGAAACUUUUUUGCUGUCUAUCAUGUACGUAAGAAAAUGAAGUCCUUUCUAGAUCAUGUACAAAAUGAAAAAAAAGUGAAGCGACUGAAUCUUCAGCAUGCUCCUCAUUUAAACUUGUGUUAUGUAAAUUGUGCCAUGUUAUUAAAAAAUGUGAGCUAAA